AUGGAAGAUUCUCAUGGCGAUGGGGACGCCCCGACUGUAGGUAUACGUCGUCGCACGAGCCCGAAACUAGCGAUAGUAGCACUAUUACUCCUACUACUAUUAGUGAACCUAUCGACAAGUCUCUAUCAGCUACCACUGAACCGGGUAAUCGAAAGGCGCCUCUGUCGAGAAUACUAUUCCACACACGAUCCACCCGCCAUCGACCGCAAUGGAAGUAUUGACGAGAAGCUCUGUAAGAUAGAUCCCGUCCAGAAGAGCCUGGCUUGGAUGACCGGAAUCAUGGAUACUCUAUGGAUUGUUGGUGACUUCGUCAUGACUAUCCCUAUAGGAUUCAUAGCUGAGAAGUAUGGCCGGAAGACUGUACUAUGGCUUAACCUCACUCCGAGGCUGUUCAUGCUUGCUUGGACUAUCGUAGUAGGGUAUUUCGAAGAGAGCCUACCCUUGAAAGCUAUCGUCGCUGCACCAAGUCUUUCCAUUUUAGGUGGCGAGUGUGUCUUCAACUCAAUCAUCUACGCUCUCGCAGCAAGCUUGACGGACGACAACGUCGUAAGGGCAACUUAUUUCAGUUGGACAAAUGCUGUUUCGUAUGUGGUAACCUUUGUCGGUCCCGGACUUGCUGGCGCGACCAUGACUGCACAUUUGCUUCUUCCGUUCUGGAUUGGAAUAUGUCUUCUGGUGUUAGCUAUUCCCACCAUAUCAUUGCUCACGGACCCUGCGCAUACAUCAACGAUGUCAGAGGACGAGCAACGACAGCCUCUCAUAUCAUCACCAACCUUGAAAGCACAGACCUCCAGGACCUCCAUACUUGGACCUGUUAUCGAGCGCAUCCGUACUCUUCAUUCUAUCGUUAGGAGUCAUCCUAGAAAUCUAACCCUUCUGCUCAUUAGUUUCUUCCUCACUUCUCUUGCGAGUUCUGAUACUAAACUCCUAGCGCAAUUCAUAUCGAAGAGAUACCACUGGGAAUUCGCCUCGGCGGGGUAUCUUCUAUCCGCAAAAGCUAUUGUGAACUUCACGCUUCUUACUCUCGUGAUCCCCACUAUCCUUCGGUCUAGGGGUACACAUAACGAGACACAAUCCCCAUCGCUUUCUGAUAGAGACAAUAUUCGCUACGCUCGAAUUUGUUUGGUGUUCUCUGUCUUAGGCGCAUUAGCCAUCGCUGCCGCAAUUACUGUCUGGCUCUUAUUCCCAUCACUUUUAUUAUACUCGCUCGGAGCCGCUCUGCCCGUAUUCACAUUAGGUCUUCUAAAAUCGCCAUCCGUGUCACCAAAGGAUACCGACCCAACAACGAAUUCAAAGGAUCCAGAAGCCCAUAUCUUCUCUAUCGUAAUGAUGGUAAAGACUUUGGGUUCUUUAGUAGGCGCUCCAUUGAUGGCGACAUUAUGGGUUCGAGGUAUCGCGACAAGUACUCUUGGCGUACCGUAUUUAGUGAGUGCGGCACUAUACCUAACAGCUAUUAUUGUUUUUGCUGGAAUUAAAGUGCGAUGA